AUGUGUAAAGGCAGAGCGAAGGAGGCGGGCUCCGAGACGCGCCGGCCGAGCUCGAGCUCGCGAGCCGCUUUCCUGCUGUCUGGAAUCCCCCAAUCCUGGAGGGAGUUUCGGCGCAGGUCCUCACCCUGGAGCCUGGCUCUGGCGGUUUCUCUUUGCGGAGCCUUCGGCUUUGUUGAGCUCUUAGUCUCGGUUUGCGCGGGUGGAAAUGGGAGUAUUGAGGCGGCAGGACGCCCACGUCCCGACGAGAAGCGUCUGCAGACAGUGGGGGUCAUGACUUCCAUGGCCAUCCUGCCCCUGCUGUUCGGCUGUGUGGGCAUCUUCAGCCUCUUCAAGCUGCUGCAAUGCAUGUGGAUGAAGGCUAGCCUCCAGGAUGCUGUGGUGGUCAUAACAGGCGCCACCUCAGGACUGGGACGAGAAUGUGCCAAAGUCUUCUAUGCUGCAGGUGCUAAGCUGGUGCUCUGUGGCCGGAAUAGGGAGGCACUAGAAGAGCUCACCAAAGAACUCACUGCUUCUCAGGCCACUAAGGUGCAGACACACAAGCCUUUCACAGUGACCUUCGACCUCACAGACCCUGAGGCUGUUGUUGGAGCAACAGCUGAGAUCCUGCAGUGCUUUGGUUAUGUCGAUGUACUCAUCAACAAUGCUGGUGUCAGCUACCGUGGCGCCAUCCUAGACACCACCACGGACGUGGACAAGAGAGUCAUGGAGACAAACUACUUUGGCCCAGUAGCUCUAACGAAAGCACUCCUGCCCUCCAUGAUCAAAAGGCGACAGGGCCACAUCGUCGCCAUCAGCAGCAUCCAGGGCAAAAUCAGCAUUCCUUUUCGAUCAGCAUAUGCAGCCUCCAAACAUGCGACCCAGGCAUUCUUUGACUGUCUUCGUGCUGAGAUGGAACAGUAUGAGAUCAAGGUGACCAUAAUCAGCCCCGGCUACAUCCACACCAACCUCUCUCUAAAUGCCAUCACUGCUGACGGCUCCAGAUAUGGAGUUAUGGACAAGACCACGGCCCAGGGCCGAAUGCCUAUGGAGGUGGCCCGAGAUGUUCUGACUGCUGUGGUGAAGAAAAAGAAAGACGUGAUCCUGGCUGACCUGUUGCCUUCCUUGGCCGUAUAUCUGCGAACUCUGGCUCCUGGGCUCUUCUUUAGCCUCAUGGCCUACCGGGCCAGAAGGGAGCAGAAAUCCAAGAACUCCUAGUGCCAGAGUUGUGUAUUAAGGGAUGUUUGUCUGACAGGUGGGAAAGAUGGAGGUACACGUGUCCUGCAGAUCCCUGGAAAGACCCCUGCUGGCCAAGAAUGAGAAAACAAAAAGGUGUCUUCCCAGCUGUGUGGGUUAAUUCUUAAGGAGUCAAUGUGGAUCUGGGUUUUAAUACUGAGAAUAUGAAAUAAACGAAUGGACUGUUAAGAGUCAUAGUCCUUAUAGACUAGAAUAACCAUGUCUCCUUGGAAUUCUAACCUCCGCCAGCUCCUAGAAAAUGUUUCAAUCUUGACAUCAGAAGACAGCCUGACAUCACCUUGACCCAGUUGUUUUCAUGUUUGACUUACCCAAGACCACUUGCCUAACUGGUUUGGUAGAGUCCAUUUCCAAUAGUAAAGGGAGAAGGCUAUAGUUUAAGAUGGCAUUAUUCAUAUCCAUUCCUAGGGUCCUACAAUAUGUCAUUCAGCACAGCAAAAGGCUAAUGUGAUCAAUCAUAUGACAUAUCUCAAGUGAUACCAGCUUUAGUACCAAAAGGCAUUCCCCGGUUUCCUUGUUGACUCCCACCCAAAGCCCAUAGGACCAGGGACCACUCCAAGAUGAAUUUCCUGAGAUGGCAGCCAAGGGGGAAAGGAAAACCCUCAUGAUCCCAUGUGUCCUCUAGUAUGAGGCUCAGAAACCCAGUGAGGUGGCAGGGGUUCUACAGCUGUGACUGCUCCCUGGUGAAAGCAGCCCAUUUGUUAGCUGUGACAGUGGCAGAGUAGCCAGAAAGGAUGCCUGUGUUCACCUUUCUGACUUAUUAACAAUAUAUGGUUGAAGUUCAUUGAAUAAAUGAACUUCAUACUCAAC